CUCCCUUCCUCUCUCUCCUCCAUCUUCUUCUUAAUGGGUUCCAGUGAAGUCUCGCUUGAAGUUCCUCCAUACGCGCGAGUACUCAAAGAUGGAACAAUUGAGAGACUUGCCGGAACCCAAGUUGUUCCGGCCGGGUUGGACCUUCAAACCGGAGUUUUUUCCAAAGACAUAGUGAUUUUCCCACAAACCGGUGUCUCAGCUAGAGUCGCUAGACUUUACCGACCCAAUAUCACUGGUACCGACCAAAAGCUUCCUUUGAUCGUUUACUAUCAUGGUGGAGCUUUUUGCAUAGCUUCAGCUCCCGAGCCACGUACUCUACGUCUCUACCACAACUGCCUUAACAUGCUUGUUGCUGAGGCCAGAGCUAUUGCUGUUUCUAUUAAUUACAGAUUAGCCCCUGAGCAUCCAUUACCGAUUGCCUAUGAGGAUUCUUGGGCAGUACUUCAAUGGGUUUUUGGUGGUGAAGAUCGUGACGAUUGGGUUAAGGAUCAUGUUGAAUUUGAGCGAGCAGUGUUCUUGGUGGGAGAUAGUGCUGGGCCUAAUAUUGCACACCACUUGGCCUUGCGGGUCAAGAAGUCCGACCCAUCCUUAUUUCUGGGGGAAAGUUCCGAUUGGCCGGGAGGUGGAUAAAAGCUAAAAGGUUUUAUAUAUUGACGGACACAAACCAAAAUUAAUAGAAAGCUUGAUCUGUUACAUUGAUGAUAUCCGGCC